UUGUGUACAAACAUUUCUUAAUUCGAGUACUUAAAGUAUACAUAUGACAUAGUUGCUCCUGAACAAAUAUGGUAUCUUCAUGGUGUUAUUUCAUUUUACCGGUAGUAUUACUUAUUGGGUUACUUCGAAAAUGUCGUGCACAUACUUGGGGAAGAUGUAAAAAUACAGACAGUUUAGAAGGUCGAGUAUGUAUUGUGACAGGGGCCAAUUCAGGCAUUGGUAAAGAAACAGUGAAGGAACUGGCAAAAAGAGAGGCUACAGUCAUUUUAGCUUGUAGAAAUUUACAAAGUGCUCGAGAUGUUAUAUUUGAAAUACGCACUCAAACAUCUACUGGAAAAUUAGUGCCAAUGAAAUUAGAUUUGGCAUCAUUUUCAUCAAUCAGAGAAUUUGCUGCAGAUGUAAUACAAAAUUUUGCACAGGUUCAUGUGCUAAUUAAUAAUGCUGGAGUAUAUGUUCCUUUUAAAGAACAUGCUUUAACUGAAGAUGGAUUUGAAAUUCAUUUUGGAGUAAAUCAUUUAGGUCAUUUUUUGCUCACAAAUUUACUUUUGGAACAUUUAAAACAAAGUGCACCAAGCAGGAUUGUUAUUGUGUCAUCUAAACUUUUUGAAUCUGGGGUAAUUGAUUUUUCAAAUCUGAAUGGUGAAAAAGGAUUAGUAGUCAAAGAACGCAUGAAUCCUGCUUAUUGCAACUCAAAAUUAGCAAAUACUUAUUUUGGUUUUGAACUUGCAAAAAGAAUAGAAAAGAGUGGCGUUAAUGUGUAUAUAGUUUGUCCUGGAUUUAGUUACACAGGAUUAUUUAAAAAUGUUAAAAGAAGUUGGUUCCAUUACAUUAUUUUUUCACCUAUAGCUCUGUUAUAUUUACGUACUGCAAAUCAGGGUGCACAAACUGUAUUGCACUGUGCAAUAGAACCUUCUUUGUCUAAUGAAAGUGGAAACAUUUACCGUGACUGUAAACUUUAUGUUUCAAAAAAGAAAUUAGACAGUGAUGUAGCACUACGUUUAUGGGAUGUAAGUCUGCAACUAACUAGAAUUAAGGAG